GUGAUGGGUUUCCACAUGUGACCAAAGAAAAAAAAUUGUUGCAGGUCUGGAACCAAGUGCUCAACAACGGAGCUGGAAUGCGAUGACACAUUGGACUGUGAGAGACAAUCAGUUGUUCCAAAUGUAUUGUCUUCAGGGCAUAUAUUUCAAGCCAAGACCGGCUCCAGCCCACAAACCAUUGACUGUUCACAUUUGAAGAAACACAGCUGGAAAGAAACUCAUCAAACAAAUCCAGCAAAUUUUUGACGAAUUUUGUCCUAAGUCAUCUUGGUACAUUCCUAACUACUAUUCAAAGGCUGGUGUUUACUGGAAACUCCAUUGAGCCCCAGCUCAAUCUAUUCUAAAUAUGUUUACAGUCAGUGACGUGUCAUCAUUGGACAGCAGGCAGCCUGCCUUCCGCAUCUUCAAGCCCUGGUGGGACAUCUUCAUGGAUUACCUGACCAUUAUCAUGUUGAUGGUCUCCAUAUUUGGAUCCAGCACACAGCUUUACCUGGAUGACACAUCCUGCCUGCCCAAUUUGGAUCAAGAUACCUCUGGAUUCCGGAGAGAGAGGAGCUCGAUCCAAAACUUACCUGAUUUGGAUGUUGCUCCUGACGAGAACGAUAAAAAUAUUGUUCAUUCCAGCGACGGGAGGAGUACCAGUUUGCAUUACUGGCAGAAUCAAUAUAUCAACCAGGUGUGUCAAUCUGACGGAAUCCCUUGGUUCACCAGGUUUGCGGGCUACGUGAUCCUGUUCCACACAACCUCCCUGAUCAUUUGUAGCAACUUCUGUUUCACCUAUCCCAGGACAAGUUCCAAAGUGGAACAAUUCAUCGACAUCCUUCAAAAAUGCUUCCAGUCGCCGUGGACAAACAAAGCCCUCGCCAUGGCAGUCUACAAGGACACCAAUGAACUGGAGGAUGCCCUCGAUACGCAGAGGAGCAUUGAAAGUAGUUUGAAUAAUACAAUUUCGCCCCAACCAUCAUCCCUUAAAUUGCAGCAGUCCACAAGUUUCCAAGCGCCCAUUUCGACCCUGGACAAGAAGGACGCAGAACAGGCCAAAGCUCUAUUUGAGAAAGUGAGGCAAUUCAGGCUCCACGUGGAAGAGAAAGACACGAUCUAUAAAUGCUACGUGGGUCAAAACUUGCUGAAAGCUUUACAGUGCAUAACAAUUAUCAGCUACAUGCCACCCUUUGUCCAUGCCGUUAAAUUUGAUAAUCUCUGUGAACCGAAUGCAAAGUUGCUGGUUGGGUAUUGGACCUUCAAUUGCACUUACAGCACUUCCCGCUUUAUUAAGAAGAUCCUUCUGUUUUUCUUGUUUCUGGUAGUUACCUACGGACUCCUCUGUAUUCACACACUCCUUUGGGUUUUCAGAAACAAACUGAAGCAAUACACGUUUGAGAAGAGAGGGGACUCGAGCCCCUUUACUGACAUCCCUGUUGUAAAGAACGACUUUGCUUUCCUGUUGCAUUUGAUUGACCAAUACGACACCUUGUACUGCUUGCGCUUUGGUGUCUUCCUGUCCGAGGUCAGCGAGAAAAAGCUGAGAAUGUUAACCUUAAACCACGAUUGGACUGUGGAAAGGACGCGGCAACGCAUGAUCAAAAACAACAAGGACCAAAUAGAGCUGCAUCUGUUCAUGGUGUCAGGGAUUCCAGAGUCGGUGUAUGAUGUGACGGAGCUACAGGUCCUGAGGCUGGAACUCUGCAACGACAUGAACAUCGGUACCAAAAUAAACCAACUCAGCCACCUGGAGGAAAUCUGGAUCUUACACUGUGUCGUUAUAGUUUCACCAUUGGCUUUGAUGUGGCUGAGAAACCAGCUGAAAAAAGUAGGAGUCAAAUAUCUGGACCGUGAUGAAAUUCCCGAGUGGAUCUACAAAUUGACCAAACUGCAGGAAUUGUACUUGACUGGAAAGAUGUCCAUUGAAAAUAAGUUUGUGGAACUGGAAUCCAUGAAGUCUCUUCGCUCUUUGAAAGUGCUUUACCUUAAGUCCAAUAUCUCUAAAAUCCCCCCCAGCAUUACAGAUGUAGCCUACCACCUGGUGAGGUUCUGCAUCCACAACGACAAGACCAAGCUUCUAAACUAUCACAUCGUGAAGAAGAUGGUCAACUUGACCCAGUUGGAGCUGCACAACUGUGAGUUGGACAAGAUCCCGAGUCUGAUUGCUGCCCUGCCCAAACUUCAACUGUUGGACCUCAAAGGGAACAAUCUUUCCAAAAUUGAUGACGUCGCCAACCUCCAAUAUAUGGAGAAGUUGAACUGCCUCAAGUUCUGGUUCAACAUGAUCCGAAUCAUCCCUUCCAACAUCACUCUCAUCAAAUCACUGAAGUACCUCUACUUAUCUCACAACCUGAUUGAGGUUCUGCCAAAUGUACUCUUCACAAUUGAGGAUCUGCAUUACUUGGACGUCAAGAACAACUCCAUCACCUUAAUUCCCGAUGGCAUCGCCAAACUCGUCAACCUCAAGUUCCUCGAUGUGAGUUCCAACAAAAUUGAAAAGUUGCCAGAGGCACUGUACAAAUGUACCAAGCUCCAGACUCUGAAGCUCAACUAUAAUUUGAUCACCUCGCUCAGUAAGAGCAUCUCAAACCUUUCCCAGCUAAGCCAGCUGGAACUGCUAGGAAACUACAUGGAGAAGCUCCCAGUUGAGAUUGCCCAGUGCAGUUUGCUCACUUUGAGUGGACUGAUCGUGGAUCCAAACAUCUUGGAGUUGCUCACUCCAGAAGUGAAACUGGCUAUGGGUGGAAGCUAGAAAGACUACUUGAACAAGAUUGUUUUCCUUGAAAGAGCAUUCACUGCAUGUAUCGCGUUUAAGAAAAAAAUGUUAAGUUGACCCAAAGUCCAACUCCUGUACGAUUCAAUUCAUUUAUUGAAUAAAGCAA